UUGGCUGUUAACUCGGACUACUGGCCGUCACGUGGUUCAUUCCGGAAAUAAACUUGUAUAUCAGGCCACAGCGGAAGCGUGUCACAACCUAGCCGGCUGCCCUUAGCGGAAGUUCGUCACGUCGCAUUUGCCCACGCACAGCGGAUGUGUGUCGCCGCCUCGGUGACGCUGGGAAGUGCUUGCAGCCUUCGCCGCUGCGUUCUGCUUGAAGCACUAUGGAGGGAGAGAGGAAGAACAACAACAAACGGUGGUAUUUUACUCGAGAACAACUGGAAAACAGCCCAUCUCGUCGUUUUGGAGUGGACCCAGAUAAGGAACUUUCUUAUCGGCAGCAGGCGGCCAAUCUGCUCCAGGACAUGGGACAACGUCUCAACGUUUCACAAUUGACUAUCAACACUGCUAUCGUAUACAUGCAUCGAUUCUACAUGAUUCAGUCUUUCACACAGUUCCAUCGAAAUUCGGUGGCUCCAGCGGCCUUGUUUUUAGCUGCCAAAGUAGAGGAACAGCCCAAAAAGUUGGAACAUGUCAUCAAGGUAGCGCACACCUGUCUACAUCCGCAGGAGUCACUUCCUGAUAUCAGGAGUGAGGCUUACCUGCAACAAGUUCAAGAUCUGGUGAUACUAGAAAGUAUAAUUCUUCAGACUUUGGGCUUUGAACUAACAAUUGACCACCCACAUACACAUGUGGUAAAGUGUACUCAGCUUGUUCGAGCAAGCAAGGACUUAGCCCAGACAUCUUACUUCAUGGCAACCAACAGCCUGCACUUGACCACAUUUAGCCUGCAGUACACACCUCCUGUAGUGGCCUGUGUCUGCAUUCAUCUGGCUUGCAAGUGGUCCAACUGGGAGAUCCCAGUCUCAACUGAUGGGAAGCACUGGUGGGAGUAUGUUGACGCCACUGUGACCUUGGAGCUUUUAGAUGAGCUGACACAUGAGUUUCUACAGAUUCUGGAGAAAACUCCAAAUAGACUCAAACGCAUUCGAAAUUGGAGGGCUUGCCAAGCUGCUAGAAAAACAAAAGCAGAGGACCGAGGAACUGAUGAAAGCACUUCAGAGCAGACAAUUCUCAAUAUGAUUUCCCAGAGCUCUUCAGACUCAACGAUAGCAGGUUUAAUGAGUAUGUCAACUUCUUCUGCAAGUGCAGCGCCUUCCCUCCCAGCUCCCGAAGAGCCCUCCAGUAAUGUGAGCAGCAUGGAGAUACUGCAGGGCGAACGCUGGGUGUCCUCUCACCAGCCUCCUUUUAAACUGGAACCUGCUCAAGCUCAUCGGACUAGUGAGAAUUUAGCACUUAUAGGAGGAGCUGAUCAUUCCUUGCAACAGGAUGGCUCAAAUGCAUUUGUUUCCCAGAAGCAGACUGGUAAGAGUGUGCCAGCAGCUAAAGUGUCACUCAAAGAAUACCGCGCGAAGCACGCGGAAGAACUGGCUGCUCAGAAGAGGCAGCUGGAAAACAUGGAGGCCAACGUGAAAUCGCAGUACGCGUAUGCUGCCCAGAACCUCCUGUCUCACCAUGAUAGUCACUCCUCAGUGAUUCUGAAAAUGCCCAGCGAGGGCUCAGAAAACCCUGAGCGGGCUUUUCUGGAAAAGGCUGACAAAACAGCUGUUAAGAUGAGAAUCCCAAUGGCCAGUGGAGAUAAACCUUCAAAAUCAGAGGAGAUAAAAAUGCGCAUUAAAGUUCACGGUGCACCUGACAAGCACAACUCUAUGGAUGACAGUGGCACAAAGAGCCGAGAGCACAAAGAAAAACACAAAGCUCAUUUAUCUAAUCACCACCAUCAUCAUAAUCACCACUCACACAAGCACUCUCACUCACAGCUUCCGGCUGGGACAGGGAACAAACGUCCCGGUGACCCAAAACAUAGUAGCCAGACCAGCUCAUUAGCACACAAAAGCUAUAGCUUGUCCGGCUCUUUCCCCUCUUCUAGUUCUGCUCGUAAAAGGGGUCCCCCUGAAGAGACUGGAGCAGCAGUGUUUGAGCACCCAGCCAAGGUUGCCAAGAGUACUAAAGCCUCUUCUCUAAGUUUCACUUUCCCUCCUCUCCCUCCAAUGACCCAGUUGCCUGGGCACAGCUCAGACACAAGUAGCCUUCCCUUCUCACAGCCCAGCUGUAAAACUCGAGUUCCUCAUAUGAAACUGGAUAAAAGCUCCUCUGGGGCCAAUGGUCACAACACAACCCAGACAAUUGACUAUCAGGAUACUGUGAACAUGCUUCACUCCCUUCUCAGUGCCCAGGGUGUUCAGCCCACACAGCCCCCUGCAUUUGAAUUUGUUCAUUCUUACAGUGAAUAUCUAAAUCCACGUGCUAGUGGAAUGGCUUCCAGGUCAGGCACUACAGACAAACCCCGGUUACCACCUCUACCUUCAGAACCUCCUCCACCACUUCCACCCCUUCCUAAGUGAAAAAGAGGAGUGGAGGAAAAAAAAAAAACUUAAAAAAACUUUUUUUUUUUUAAAAAAAAAGCUACUGAUUCUGAACUAAGAAAAUUACUUCCCCAAUGAAAUCUGUUAUUAUUCUUGGACUAAGGAGUACAUUGAUGCUGAGAUGUGGGUGGUAGAAGGCCUUGCUUAUUAUGUCUGCUGCCUCAGAAAUUUAACUAU